AUGACAGCGGCGGUGGUGGACGUGCACGCGGAGGGGCUCCGGCAACUGGAGCGAGCGGAGCGUCUGGUGGAGGUUGGCUCCAGCGGCCCAAGGAGUCGGAGAACCGCGGUGCACAAGUCGCUGGAGCAGCUCUUUGGAGAGGCGCGGCUGAGGUCGCAGACGUUCUCCGGAGCAAAUGCCUUUGCAUCCACCUCCUCCUUGCCUCGUCUCCUUCAGACGCCACAGGCGCAGAGGCUAGAGAGGGACAUUGCAGACUUCACCCUGGUACCACAAACUGCGCCGGGCGCGGCUCUGCCUCGGGCGGACGCUGAGCAGCCGUCCUUGGGCCUCCAGGAGUUCUUCGGCUUGCGGCACGAGCGCGUGAUCGUGGAAACCGUUGAGGAGAGCUACAGGGACUGCUUGCGGAGCUGCGAGCGCCAAUCCUUCGACCGACUCCAGGCAGACUGGGAAGAGGCGAAGAUGCAGUUUCUUGGCAACCUCCAGCGGUUGGGUCAGGGCUCGGCGGUCCUGGCGCUAUGCAACGACGGCUCCGCCUCGAGCCCGGCGGCCGUGCCCCCCAAGGAGGACUCCCCCAUCAUCGAGGCUCUCCUGAGUGAGCCCAUGGGCCCGCAACUGGUGCAGAAGAUCGCGCACCUGAGCAGUGCCAGCUGCCCAGCCUACCAGGCUGAGCUGAAAGAGUGCUGGAGCAUCCUCACCCAGGAGUUGAAGAUCACCCUGGGGGGUAUCACUGCCGGAGCUCUCACAUACCUUCAGAAUCGCUUCUUUGACGAGGUGAAGAACUUCGUGUACAACCAGGCAGAUGCGCGCUUGGGCGGCGUACCAGACGCCUGGUCUCUGGUCCGGGCGUAUGGCCGACUGAAGUUCCAGACUUCGAACUUUCCGAGCGCUGCCGCGCACGUCUGGUACGCGGCCUACGUAGCUGCGCGUGCCGGUCUGGUGGCUCUGCUUCUGGAGCUCCCAGACAGGGCCGCUCCGGCGUCCGACCGCUGCCCGAUGCUUGGAGCCGUGUGCUCGCUGAUGGCGCGUCGGCUCCAGGCCGUUACACCCCAGGGCGCCGAGCUGGCUGGGGCCUCGGACGCGGACUCGGCGGACCUCCUCCGAGCCGACGUGGAGCAGGAGAGCUCCUUCUUCCACGAUGUGCUCGUCUCUUUGCUGCUGGGUCGGAACUUCGCCUUCAGCCGGCUGCCCGAGGGAACGGUGGAGGAUUGGCUCUGGUAUCGCUUGCACCUGGUGCACCUGCUGGGCAAGGAUGAGCAGUCGCCGGAGUUUAAGCAACAGCUCGAGGCCCUGCGCGGCCAGGCGGCCUCGCUGCCGCCUUCGCACUUCGACCCCGGGGCCUCGGGCGGUACCGGGGACGUGCCAGGCGUUAGCACCGCCAUCUCGGCGAUGCAGACUCUCAAUUCGGUGAAGGCCUUGCUGCUAACCGGUCAGUUUGGGCGCGCUGUGCAACAGCUGCAGGACCGGGCCCUUCGGCCCGUGGCACUCCACAUGGCGCUGGUUCUGCGGAGGUCCGGCACGCUGGAGGCGGUGUCAGGGCUCGAGACGCCCCUCAACGUCUCGGCUUUCCUGUGCGACUAUGCCUCCAGCUUCCGCUGUUCCGAGCAGCUGCGCUACUUCCGGGCUUUGGACGUCAAAGAGAGGGUGCAGGCGCUGCAGCGUCUGCUCCUUUCGGGUGGGGCGGUGGACGAGCUGCUCGGCUACAUCGACCCCAACGGACGUCACAGGCCGGGCCUCCUGGAGAAGACCCUGCAGGAAGACGGCAUGGGCGAUCAGGCGGAGUUUGUGGAGUUGUGCUCUCGUGCUGGUCGCCAGGCCCGAGAUCAGGGACAGUACCGGGAAGCCAUUCGCCUGCUUCACCUGGGAAGGUGCUACAGCGAGGUGCUUCAGGUGCUGUGCCGCUGCCUGCGGCUGCCGAUCUGGCGUGAGGAGUCGAUAGCUUCGGGCACGGCAGCGCAGGGCGAGGCGGCCAGCCUGGCCCAGGACAUCCAGCGCUUCUUCGACAUCUACGAGCGGAAUCUGGACCGCUAUGCUCUGUCCUCGCAGGUCUGGACCGUGGCGCGGAAGCUCUACGCCACGAGGAUGUUCCACAGCCUCUGCGACCGAGGGCAGCCAGAGGCGGCUUUGGAUGUCUUCGACCGCGAGCAGCUUUUGGGAGACGUGGACGCUCCUGCCGAGGCAGCAGACGAGAUUUGGGCUGAGUAUCCUCAGAUCGUGUCGGCUUACAUCCGAGUGCUCAACCAUGCGGCGACGCGCGGAGCCAUGGUGGGCUAUGCGAUGCAGGACCGCGUGCGGAGGCUGCAGUCCUUCCUUGCAGCGCGCUGUAACCGCCUCGUCCUGGACCAGGAUCCCGGUAAAAGACGGACAUCUUGA